UGGCCAGAUCCAGAGCCCUGCCAGGGCAACUGCACAUUUAUCCACGAUCCGAGCCUUGUUCGAAGAAGCGACGGGACAUGGUUUCGGUUCUCGACAAACGGUAACAUCGCGAUCGCGACGGCAACGGCGCUCACCGGGCCAUGGGAAUACGUGGGUGCGAUGCUUCCCCAAGGCUCGAAGAUUCAUGUCGUGGACGGUCAGCAGAUAUGGGCACCGGACGUGUUCUUCAGCGACAGCACCUUCCGCGCAUACUACAGCGUCUCACUAUCAGGUCGGCAGGACUCAGAUAUCGGUGUCGCGACGUCAACUGAUGCGAUGCCUGGGACCUGGACGGAUCACGGAUCCGUUGGUCUACCCCUGUCGAGCGACUACAACCGUAUCGAUGCGAACUUCUUCAUCGAAUGCCCGACGUGUACACCCUACUUCAACUUCGGCUCUGCAUGGAACGACGUCUACCAGACCACACUGAACUCCGACUACCUGACCUGGAGCGGAGAGGACCCCAGACAGAUGCUGUACAACUCUACAUAUCCAUCGAAACCCCAGGACUAUCCCUCGAUCACCAAAGGGUCUUUCUUGUUUUGGUGGGAGGUCAACAGCACGAAGUACUACUACCUCUUCUUCUCCUCCGGUGCCUGCUGUAACGCGGCAAACGACCUGGAAAACCCAGGCGACGAGUACAAGAUCAUGGUAUGCAGAGCAGAGUCACCCACCGGACCGUUUAAAGAUCAGGCCGGAAAAGACUGCUUGACAGAGAAUGGAGGAACGCUAGUGCUGGGGAGCCAUGGCGAGAAUGUGUAUGCGCCAGGGGGACAGGGUGUAAUUCAUGAUCCAGACUCAGAUCGGAAUGUGCUGUACUAUCAUUAUGCCAAUCCGAAGGUCGGGUAUGCGUAUGAUCAGUUCUUGUUUGGGUUCAAUUAUAUCGACUUCUCGAGCGGAUGGCCUGAGGUAACUUCAUAG